UUCCACCUCUUCUCUUGCAGUCAAGGGAACACCCUGGACAUGGCUUCAGCAAUCCACAUGCCAGGCCCAGUGUGUCUCAUUGAGAACACUAAAGGGCAACUGGCAGCUAAUCAGGAAGCUUUGAAGACCCUGUCUGCCAUUACCCAGCCUGUGGUGGUGGUGGCUAUCGUGGGCCUCUCCCGCACAGGCAAGUCCUACCUGAUGAACAAGCUGGCUGGGAAGAAAAAUGGCUUCUCUCUGGGCUGCACAGUGCAAUCUCACACCAAAGGAAUCUGGAUGUGGUGUGUACCUCAUCCCAGUAAGUCAGACCACACCCUAGUUCUGCUUGACACCGAGGGCCUGGGAGACGUAGAGAAGGGAGACAACCAGAAUGACUCCUGGAUCUUUUCCCUGGCCAUCCUCCUGAGCAGCACCUUCGUGUACAACAGCAUGGGAAUCAUCAACCAACAGGCCAUGGACCAACUGCACUAUGUGACAGAGCUGACAGAUCAAAUCAGGGCAAAAUCCUCACUUGAUGCGAUUGAGGGGGAAGAUUCAGUUGAAUUCGUGAGCUUCUUCCCAGACUUUGUGUGGACACUGAGAGAUGUGACCCUGAAGCUGGAGGUGGAUGGACAGUCCCUCACACCAGAUGAGUACCUGGAGAACUCCUUGAAGUUAAAACAAGGGAACAGUGAAAAAGAUAAAAUCUAUAACCUGCCCAGACUCUGCAUUCGAAAGUUCUUCCCAAAGAAGAAAUGCUUUGUCUUCUACCCACCCACUGACUGGAAGAAGCUUGACCAGCUUGAAACACUACGGGAUGGUGAACUGGAUUGUGAUUUUGUGCAACAAGUGGAAAAAUUCUGUUGCUACACCUUCAGUCAUUCUAAGACUAAAACUCUUCCUGGAGGCAUCAAGGUUGAUGGACCUCGUCUACAGAGCCUUGUGCUGACCUAUGUCAGUGCCAUCAACAGUGGAGAUGUGCCCUGCAUGGAGAACGCAGUCCUGGCCUUGGCCCAGACAGAGAACUCAGCCGCAGUGCAAAAGGCCAUUGCCCACUAUGAGCAGCAGAUGAAGAAGGUGGAGCUGCCCACAGAGACCCUCCAGGAGCUGUUGGACCUGCACAGUGCCAGUGAGAAGGAAGCCACUGAAAUCUUCAGCAAGAGUUCCUUCAGAGAUGUCAACCAUAUAUUUCAAAUGGAAUUAGUGUGUCAACUAGAGAAAAGGCAGAAAGAUUUUUGUAAACAGAAUCAGGAAGCAUCAUCAGAUCGUUGCCAGGCUUUAAUUCAGCGUAUUUUCAGUCCUCUGGAAGAAGAAUUGACCCAGGGGAGUUAUUUAAAGCCAGGGGUGAAGCUUAUGAAAGCUGAAUCUGAACAGACUGCAGCAAAAAUGGAGGACAUGAAAACAAAGUAUGAGCAGAUGUUGGAAGAGAAAGAGAAGAAUCAUCAGGAAAAUGUGACACGUUUGGCUGAGCAAUUAGAAAAAGAUAGAGCCAAUAUAAUGGCAGAGCAAGAAAGGAUUCUGACUCAUAAACUUCAGGAACAAGAACGACAUUUCGAUGAUGAAAUUACAGAAGAGAGAAGAAAAUAUCAGAAAGAAAUCCAGGAUAUGGAGAUGAGAAACAGAGAAAUGAACCUAUCAUUGAAAGAGGCAAUAACUUACUCUUCACAGCGUGAAGCCGAAAUGGCGGUGGAAAUGGAAAGGAAGUGUGAGCAGAUGAUGGAACAGAAAGAGAAGAGCUAUCAGGAACAUAUGACACAACUGACGGAAAAGAUGGAGAAGGAAAAGGCCCAGUUACUGAAAGAGCAUGAAAACAUUAUAGCUUGUCAACUUGAGGAUCAGGAAAAACGUUUCAAUAAGAGAAUCAAGGAAAUAAACAUUGAACAUCAGCAAGAAAUACAGAAUAUCAAAAAGCAAGCUGAUCAGUCAUUUUGUUCCUUGAUGUGA